GCAUGGUUCCUUACCGGCCGCGCCUUCUCCCACGGAGCAUCCUGGGCCAAGUGAUGGAUGACCAGUUUAUGAAAGGAAGGAAUGGGGGCCAGUCUCCUGAGCAGGAAGUCUCCUCUGAGAUCCUUCUCCUUUGCCAGCUCAGCCUGCAGAGGACCAAAGCCUGUUCCAAGGAGAAAUCUCAGAAGCAGAGAGAUGGUCACUGGCAGCCAGAGACCGGCACCCCAGCAGAUGAUGACAUUCAAGGAUGUGGCUGUGAACUUCACCCUAGAGGAAUGGAGCCUCUUGGACCAUUCUCAGAAAGAGCUGUUUAAGGAGGUCACGCUGGAGAAUGUUUGGAACUUUCUAUCCCUGGGGCUUCCAGUUGCCAGAGAAGAUCUGAUCUGUUGUUUUCAGGAAGGGGAAGCACCAUGCAUUCUGAGGGGAGAAAGCUCAAGGAACUUUUGUCCAGAAGCAGGGACCACAUUUGAGAUGGAUGAGAUUCCUGCAAACCAGAGCAUUUCUGUGGAAGAAUCUGAGCAGCUAAAAUUCAUGGGUGACAGUCCUUGUGAUUUCAUUGUGAGAGAAAUCUGUGACUCUGAUGGCAAGGUACAUAAAAAUCCAAAGAAUCCUCAUGAAUUUGAUGGAGUUGGAAAGAAUUUCGCACAAUAUUUAGUUCUAAAUCUCCAUGACAAAAUGAUGUUAAAUGACUGUUUUAAGUACAGCAAGUAUAGAGAAUGCUUUACUGAACAGGUAGAGCUUAAUCAGUUUCAUGAGAAGCCUCCUGAAAUGCAAAAAUAUCAAGGUAAUCUGCUGAAAAUGGUCUUCAGCUUGAGGUCAAACUUCACAGAACAUCAGAGAAGUUAUAUUGGCAAAAAACUGUAUGUUGGUAAUGAAGGAGGAAAGAUCUUCAGCCACAAUAGUAAGAUCAUUAGCCAUCAAGAAAUUCACACUGGAAAGAAACCUCAUGAAUAUCAAGAAGCUGAAACAACCUUAACCCAGCCAUUAACACUUCUUUACCAUCAUAGCUUUCAUGCUGGAAUGAAAACAAAUGCAUGUAAUCAGUAUGGGAAGGUCCUUCAUUGGAACUCAGAUCAUGUUAGACAUGAGAAAAGUCACACUAGAGAGAAACCUUAUGAAUGUAAUCAAUGUGGCAAGGCUUUCAAAUGUAAUUCCAGUCUUGCUGUGCAUCUGAGAAUUCACACUGGGGAGAAACCUUAUAAAUGUAACCAAUGUGGAAAAGCUUUCAGAUGCCCCUCCAGUUAUGCUAAACAUCAUAGAAUCCACACUGGAGAGAAACCUUAUGAAUGUAAUCAGUGUGGAAAGAGUUUCACACAGAGGUUCAGCCUUGCUAAACAUCAGAGAAUUCACACUGGAGAGAAACCUUACAAAUGCAACCAGUGUGGUAAGGCUUUCACACAGAGCUCCAGCCUUGCUAAACAUCAGAGAAUCCACACUGGAGAGAAACCUUAUAAAUGUAAUCAGUGUGGAAAGGCUUUCAGAUGCUGCUUCAGUCUUGCUACACAUCAGAGAAUUCACACUGGGGAGAAACCUUAUAAAUGUAAUCAAUGUGGGAAGGCUUUCAGAUCCUGCUCCCAUGUUGCUGCCCAUCAUCGAAUCCACACUGGAGAAAAAACUUAUGAAUGUAAUCAAUGUGGAAAGGCUUUCACAAAGAACUCCACUCUUACUACACAUAAGAGAACCCACACAGGAGAAACACCUUAUCAGUGUAAUCAAUGUGGAAAGACUUUCAGACAUAGUUCCAGUCUUGCUGAACAUCAGAGAAUUCACACUAGGGAAAAGCCUUAUGAAUGCAAUCGGUGUGGAAAGGCUUUCACUCAAAGCUCCAGUCUUGCUGUACAUCAGAGAAUUCACACUGGAGAAAAACCUUAUAAAUGUAACCAAUGUGGAAAAGCUUUCAGAUGCCCCUCCAGUUAUGCUAAACAUCAUAGAAUCCACACUGGAGAGAAACCUUACGAAUGUAAUCAGUGUGGAAAGAGUUUCACACAGAGCUCCAGCCUUGCUAAACAUCAGAGAAUUCACACUGGAGAGAAACCUUACAAAUGCAACCAGUGUGGUAAGGCUUUCACACAGAGCUCCAGCCUUGCCAAACAUCAGAGAAUCCACAGUGGAGAGAAACCUUACAAAUGCAACCAGUGUGGUAAGGCUUUCACACAGAGCUCCAGCCUUGCUAAACAUCAGAGAAUCCACACUGGAGAGAAACCUUAUAAAUGUAAUCAGUGUGGAAAGGCUUUCAGAUCCUGCUCCCAUCUUGCUGCCCAUCAUCGAAUCCACACUGGAGAAAAAACUUAUGAAUGUAAUCAAUGUGGAAAGGCUUUCACAACGAGCUCCACUCUUGCUACACAUAAGAGAACCCACACAGGAGAAACACCUUAUCAGUGUAAUCAAUGUGGAAAGACUUUCAGACAUAGUUCCAGUCUUGCUGUACAUCAGAGAAUUCACACUGGAGAAAAACCUUAUGAAUGUAAUCAGUGUGAGAAGGCUUUCAUUCAGAGUUCCAGUCUUACUGUACAUCAGAGAAUCCAUGCAGGAGAAAAGGCUUAUUAAAGUAAUCAGUGUGGAAAACCUUUCUUUUAGAACUUCAGUCUUCCUGUUCAUGAAUUGGAGAACCUACAGUGGACAGAAAACUUAUGGACAUAAU